AUGGACAUGCGCUCGCUCAUCCACCAGGGCUCGUCCCCUAGCAGCAGCAAUGCGCCGCCCACCAGCACCAGCAUCAGUAGCAGCAGCUCGGCCGCGCCCGUGGCCCCCAGCGCCGCGCCCAGCUUCCCGGUGUCCGCGCCGCUGCCCGUGCCGUCCUUCCCGACGAUGCGGCCGCAGCCCACCAUCUUCCAGCGCCAGCCCGCGCCGGGCACCGUCCCGCAGGCGCCGACGCUCGCGCCGCUGCGCUUCAUCAUCCCCAGCUCGCGCACCUCCAGCGGCUUCGGCGCGGGGCUCACGGCCCCCAUGCCGCCGUCGUCCUCCGGCCAGCAGCCGCCCAUCUACAGCACCAGCACCAGCCUCAACGAGCCGGAGCGCGAGCCGCAGCCGCAGCACUCCAUGCUGUUCCCCCAGGACCGGUACACCAUGAAGACCGAGCAGCAGCAGCUGUCCCCCACCGCCGGAGGAGACCUGGAUGACCAGAAGCAGCCCAAGAAGAUCACGCCCAAGCGCGCGCGCACGCCCAAGAUCUCCAACAGGUCCACGAAGAGCAAGGCCCGGCCGGGUCUCCGCAAGGGCAAGUGGACCGAGGAGGAGAGCCGCUACGCCGCGCAGCUCACCAACUACUUCAAGGAGGGGCUUCUACCCCUCGAGAGGGGCACCAUGCUACGACUGUAUCUCUCGCAGAAGCUCAACUGCGAGCCCAUGCGCAUCACCAAGAAGUUCACGGGCGGAGAGUGCAUCGGCAAGCAGGUGUUCCGCCCCUGCAGCCCCACACCAGAGUCCCGCGUGAGGAUCAUGCAGGCGCAGCUCGAGCUCGUGGCGCUUGAGGCCGCCUUCAUCAAGCGACUGAAGGAGAAUCGGGAGGACCCGCCCGUCCCGACCGACGAGUUCGACGUGCGAUCUUCAUCGUCGGGCCACCGGUCACGGCCCGUGCCGCUCAAGCCGCGCACGCAGCAGAGCGACGACGACUCGGGCAAGGAGGGAGACGUGGACGACGCCAACGCCGUAGGUCUGCUCCUCGACUUCUUCUACAAGGCCAACCGGAACGAGAAGAAGGGAGGCAAGAAGAAAUCGUCUUCUGCCUCAGCCUCCGCUGCUGCUGCUACUGCUGACUCUUCCUCCUCUUCUUCAACCAAGGACGACAACUCUUCGAUCAAGGACGAGAAGAAGAAGGAAGAGAAGGAGGCGCCAGAACCAGCAGUAACGACCGAGGUGCAGAUCAAGGAGGAGCCGACGGAGACGAGCACACCGACCUCGCCCAGCACCGCGACAACAAACAGCAGCGAGACUGACACUUCCAUCAACUCCCCGACCAAGCGCAUGCGUGCGCUCUCGGUCAGUGGCUACGUAGACCCCGCAGCGGUCAAGCGAUCCCGCAUCGGCUCCUUCUCCACCGUCACAGCCGCCUGA